AUGAAGAGGGAAGAGACGCCCCAGGGAGCUCUUCGUGAGCAAAAGACCAUACACGACCCUGAACCAUGUGUACAGCCGUCAGAGCGCCUCAAGUCCCUGACGUCGACCAAGAUCUUUAGAGGUGAAAACCUCCAAAACGCCCUCCAUGAGAUGCUCCAAACCGCAAAGUCCUUAACCGAGAAAGGACCAACUAUCAACCAAACGUUCGUCCUUCACCUCUUCCUGGAUGCCCUUUCGGACGAGUAUGCCAUGACAAUGCACAACCUGCGACACGCGAAGGAGUUGACGCGGACCGGUGUGCUAAAGGAAGUAAUGAUCGAAUCCAAGGCAAUCAAGGACAAGCUGGAGCAGGGGAAAGGAAAAGGGGCGAAGGGCGCAGAGCAAGCGUACUUCGCCCACGGUGAGGGCCGCAGGGAGCGGUACUCAAGUAGGAGUCAGGGGCAAGGUCGUGGUCGUGGCGGGGGCCGUGGCCGCAGCAGCAGUCGUGGCCGCGGCGGAGGCGGUCGCGGCGGCGGCGGCGGCGGGGGUCGCGGCGGCCGCUCAGGCGGAUCCGGAGGAGUCGAGGAGAGCAAGGGAAGCAGCAGUGGAGGCGCCGAUGGCGGCGGUGGCGGGGACUAUGAGUUCCCGGGCCGGUCCUUUAGGUGUGGACAUCGUAGACAUCAAGCGAUCGGCUGCACUACCAACGAGAAGGACUUCCUGCCGUGGUGUGCGCGCUGCGAGGGGUGGGGCCACACCAAAGAAAUGUGCGCGACGGAGGAGGCCGUCCUAGCGCAAGUGGUGGAGCAUGAGAGCGACGUGGACUCCGUGGAAGACCAGGCGUUUUGUGCCGUGGCAGUCCCCCCAGGCGAGUGUGGUACCGUUGGUGAAGUAGGUCUAGUGGGGGAUGUGGAACAAGGCCAGGCGGUGUACGUGGCCGACACAGCGGCCACGUGCUCCAUGUUCCGAUGUGCAGACAACUUCGUGAACUACCGUGAGCGUAGCGGUUGGGUGAAGGGGAUCGGAGGCGACAAGGCCCCCGUUCCUCUUCUAGGAUACGGAGAUGUGACCUUAGUCCUACAGACGGAAGAUGGUGGAGUACCCGUACCAGUACUGAAUGCUGCCCAUGUACCAGAGGCCCCCUACAACCUCCUCUCGCUGUCUUCGUUGGCGGAGGAGGGCCACACGUAUUCGGGGAUGAAGGGGGGCCUCACGCUGACCACGAAAGCCGGGGGGGAGGUGUGGUUCCCCCGGACUGGAAAGCUGCUGACCCAACGAGGCUAUCAAAUAAAGCCAACGCUACACACCGCCUGUGCCGCACUCAUUGUUCCUGGCGAUGCGAAAGCAGCCAACCCCACUGACCUCAACGAGGAGUGCAGCUGACGGAUGGACCGCUGCUACCCUGUCUUGGCUGUUCGAU